UCUUUAGUUGGUUUUAUUUUUAAAACUGAAAUUCACAACAUAUUUCCAAUCACGACAUUGAAUAAACCCACCAACACAAUUGUCUGGAUUUCAACCAAUAGAAAAUUCCACAACAAUGCGUCAUAUACAUUAAUUAUUUUUUCAUUUGGGGGGUUUAAGAGAAAUCUAUUAUUCCUAUUAACCUGCAUUGACGGUAAUUCUGGAAGAAGAAUAUUUUAUCUACCAUACCAGUUGUUGGGUUAAACCGUCAGUUUAUGAAAUUCAUUAAUAAUUUUUACAGUAUCUGUUUACUGUGUGUAGCAAUCUGUAUUUUGGAGUAUGGUAGAAAUGUUAAAUCAGCUUCGUACUUUUAUGGUGAGACAGACCCUGAAGGAGCAACUACUCGGACUCCCAAAGAGGAUACUGACACUGGACCAGGGAAAACAUUUGCUGCUAAGGAAGGUAGUUUAAUCUGUCUUCUUAUGAAAGCAUCAAUGAAAAUUGUUGUUCCUUUACAGGGGUCUAGACAAAAUAUUACAAUUAACAUAAACGCAACGAGUACAAAUGCUUCUGUGGUAUCAUCUUUUUGUCAUACAACGACAUCAGAGGUGAGAGUGGGAUGGAGGCAACCAGAACAAGAGGAAGACUGGGGUUUGACGUUUAAAUUCAAGUUGUAUGGCACUGAUCUAUAUUCUUUUGAUUCAAUUGUUUUUUUCUAUAAUCUGGAUGAUGCUUUUAUUGAAGCCAAGUCAACAGAUGAAGUAUUUUCCAUUCCGAAAGGUACAUACUUCAAUUGUUCGAAUAUGGAUAAAAUUGAUCUUCAUCCAAAUAGUCGAAAUUACAGUACUGUACGUUUAACAUUUACUUUACUUCAGGCUGAAGCUUUCCGCAGUAGUGCUAAUCCUUCUUUUGUUGGUACAGAAUCACGCUGCAGAGAUGAUGAUGAUUCAAGUCUGACCUAUCUUAUCGUUGGUGUCUCCAUUUUCACUAUGGCUGUGAUUAUGAUAUUUGCAUUGUGCCUAAGCAAUGAUGAAAGCCGUGAAGUUUCAGUUGAUCCGUAUGUGGCGCGAUUUUGAAGUUUUAAAAAUGAAAUUACACGUAAUGAAAUAGAAACCUUUUAUCUAUGUGAAUUUAUUACACUUCUUUUAUUCUUGUUAUUAUUACAGCCAUAAUUUUCUAUUAAAUGUCUUCCUUAAUUAAUAAACCUGUGCAUGCAUCAAAUCACCUUUAGCUUACUUUUUAAAUUUAAUUUUUGUGAAUUCUUGGUUGUUCAGUUCAAACCCUUUGAUUAGUUAAUAAGUGGUUGGAUUUCUAUACGAAUGCGUUCUCCAGUUCGAUCAUAUUCUUCGGCAAACUAGAAUUCAUUACUCUUUCGAGUGGACCAAUUUCAAUUAGCAUUUUGAGUGACUUAACAUUUGCUAAAUAAACUUUUUCUACUACAAGUCGACUACUUUUAUUUAAUAAAGUACUAAGUUAACAUAAUUGCAAUUCAUAAGUAUUUUAUAUUCAGCUGCAUAUUUUGUGGAGGUAAUUAUUACAAAACUACCUGACAAGUCAGAGGGAUUAGAAAUCUUGUACUGCUGGAUUUCCAACUCAGUGGUAGAAAAGUACAGUAUUUGACUCCUAG